AUGUCUAUUUCCACGGGUGGAAGCGCAUUGUCACCACUUGACUGGCUUAUGCCAAGGACAUACGUGACACAAAUCCUUUGCUUUCCAUCCUCGAACCCCCAAGUCUUCCAGACACUCCGACAUGGGCUCCAGGGCGUGGUUACCGAUAUUCCAUAUCUGUGUUCCGGAGUGGUAGCCCGAGAUCAUCCUAAGGGCUCGGUGCAACUCACCGCCUCGUACCAAAAGUUGGAUGACCUGCUGUCUCAGAACGAUCUUACCGAAAGCUUGGACUACUCCACCCUCAAAGCUGCCAACUUCCCACCUUCGGCCUUUCCAGCUUUCGUUGUGGCCGCCUCAGGCCCGCGACUGGAGCCCGUCUUCCGUGCCAAGCUGUCACGGGUGAAAGGGGGCUCCGUGCUGAGCGUUGCGGUCCACCACCACACGACUGACAUCACUGGGUUUGGGGUGCUGCUCAAGUUAUGGGCCUCACGCUGCCGAAGCGGCUCUUCAGCUAAUAUUGGGCUCGAUCCGAGCUGGUAUAAUCGAGAAGCAAUCUCCGGCCCACCCGAAGAAGCUGCAAACGAUGAAUCAAGGGCAGUGCCGCAGCUCAUUCAUAUAGUAGAACAGGAUGCUUUGCCUCAAGCCGCUGCGACUAGAACCCCAGAACUUGAGUGUGAGACCCGCAUUUUCUAUCUCCCUGUGGAGUCACUACGGCGAGUCAAAGACUCAAUCAACGGUGGUGGUCAUCUUGCAUUUUCAGGAGCUAAAGCUCAGUGGGUGUCGACCGGGGAUGUCCUCACAGCGCUGCUCUGGAGUGCAACAGUGAACGCAAUGCACCACGCUUCGGGCAAUAGAGGUGAAGGUGAUAUGAAGGAGCACUACACGGCCGGUGUCCCCGUAAACUGUCGGGCGAGGCUUAACCCGCCUUUACCAAAGGACUAUCUUGGAGCCGGUUUUGCAAUGACGGUGGCUUCUGUCUCAAAAGAUGACUUGCUGUCUCUUUCUGAUCGGUCAGCUUUGACGUCAGAGAGUAUGGAGCUUGGUUCUGGAGACAUCCGAAUCUGGGCGAGAAUCGCAGGUGCUAUCCGCACUUCAAUCAGCAGCGUUGACGGGGAAAGCAUACGUGAUGCCCUACGUUAUGUUGCCUUGCAGGAAGAUAUCACAAACAUCAAGCUUGGCCCUCACCAUGACGGCAUUUCCCUCGUGUCCUGGGCUGAUCAAGCAGCAUAUGAGCUUCAGUGGGGAGAAACGGUUGGGAAAUGCGACGCCGUAAGGCUGCCCAAAUUGACAAAACGACGAUUCCCGAUAAUAUUGCCACGGGUCCCCUCGGCUGAAGGAGUUGAUGGUGGUUUCGAAGUCAUUCUAAGUCUAGAUAAGUUGACCAUGCAGCAUUUUAGUGAAAGUCGGCUCCUUUCAAUGUUUGGUACAAUGAAAUGUUGA